GUCAUUGUACGUGCACGAGCAAAACUGUUUGCGUAGCGAGAUGUUGAAAAUGGCGGAGUAUCGAGACCAACGCGACAAUUAAAAUAUUAGUUAACCGUGAAUGACAAUUUCAAAACAAACGCAAGUUCUAUUUCGGAAUAACUUAAUUUAAGGAGAGACAUGGAGUAUAGUUGAACACAUCGAAUUGGUUUUGAAACUGGCUUUGAAUUAGCUAGCGUUGCUAAUCUCGCUAGUUUCAAUAGUGUGAUUUAUUUUUUAUUUUUUUUAUCGCAGGUUUGUUUGUCAACAGCUGACGUUUAGCCACCAACCAACUUUUCCCUUACCAGUGCCAAACUACAGCACCAGAUCACAUCGUCCAUAGCGUGUGGAAGAGACGUUUACGGAGCGGCGGAUCAGUAAAUCAAGGCAACCGAACUAAGGUUAGCUGGUAGGCUAGCUCACGGCUUUAGCUAACAAAUAUUUACAUUAAAUUAGCCACCUAAUGCAUAGUAAUUGUGCAUCUAACAUGACAACUCUGAUAGCUCGAUUGCAUUGAAAUCGAGUAAAUACAGAAGAGAAUUACCAAUCAACAUAUAAGGGAAGGGGCCUGACAAACAGGUCCAGCUCGCUCGCCCCUCCCCAAGUGGGAUGGUGCUACAUAACGGGGAGGCCAUGGCGCCGUAGCCCCCUUUCCUGGAUCCUGCCAGCCAGCCCGCCACACCAAGACCCCCAUCAGAGCAGAGGACCACCGCCACAGCAGCCCCCCCAUGAGUCACCCUCUGGAGCCCUAGAUCAAGUGUGCUGAAGCUCAGAAUGAGUGCUGUAGGGGAAAGGGCACUGGACCCUGCCACGUCAGAGCCUCGUAAGAGGAAGGGCUCGCUAUGCGACAUCUCAGGCCAGAGUGUGGAGAAGCGGCGGCGGGAGCUGGAGUGUCGUUACAUAGACGAGCUGGCCGAGCUCCUGUCUGCCAACAUGGGCGACAUCGCCAGCCUCAACGUCCAGCCAGACAAGUGCCACAUCCUCAAGAGCACCGUGGACCAGAUCCAGCAGAUCAAACGGCGCGAGCAGGAGAAAGCGUCUCUAAUAUCACCAGAGGACAAGGUGCAGAGGAGUGACAUUUCGUCCAGUAGUCAGGGCAUGGUGGAGAAAGAGGCUCUGGGGCCGCUGCUGCUCGAGGCCCUGGACGGCUUCUUCUUUGUGGUCAACCGCGAGGGCCGGAUCGUGUUUGUGUCAGAGAAUGUGACGGGUUACCUAGGUUACGCCCAGGAAGAGCUGAUGACCUCCAGCGUGUACAGCAUCCUCCACGUGGGAGACCACAAUGAGUUCAUCCGCAACUUGCUGCCCAAGAGCCUCGUCAACGGGGUGCCGUGGCCCCAGGAGCAGGGCUGGAGGAACAGUCACACGUUUAGCUGUCGGAUGCUGAAGAGGCCCCCUGACGAGGUGGACUCCGAGAACCAGGAGGCACGGCAGCAGUACGACAUCAUGCAGUGUUUUACUGUCUCCCAGCCCAAAGCCAUGCAGGACGAGGGAGAUGACCUGCAGACCUGCCUGAUCUGCAUAGCCUGUCGGAUGCCUCGCCCCCAGCAGCUCCCUGCUAUCAGCACUGAGUCCUUCAUCACCAAACAGGAUCCCACAGGGAAAAUCAUCUCCAUAGAGACCAGUGCUCUGCGGGCGACAGGGCGCCCAGGCUGGGAGGACCUGGUCAGGAAGUGCAUCUACGCAUUCUUCCAGCCACAGGGGAAAGAACCCUCCCACGCCAAGAAGCUGCUCCACGAGGUGAUGACCCAUGGCACGGCCAUCAGUCCUCUUUAUCAAUUCAACCUGAGCGACGGGACCCCCCUCAGCGCUCAGACCCGCUGCAAGUUCUGCUGCCCCCCCAAAUCCGACGUUCAGCCCUUCAUCAUGGGCAUUCACACUAUUGACAGGGAACACAACACUGCUAGCUCUCAGGAAAACACUAACUCCAGCCUUCUACUGACCCAUGGGAGCCCUGCUUCCUCCCACACUUCCCGUUCCCCUGCCCUACCCAUGGGCAUCGAGGCCAGUCAAGCCCCAGGCCCCACCUCAAGCCUCCAUCUCAACAACGGAAACAGCUCCGGCACCACCACACCCACCAGCCAUUCAGCAGGGUACCUGACGCCCAACCGGUUGUGUCCUCAGCAGGUCAACAGCCCCUCACCCCUGGGCAGCCCCCUCACAGCCACCCCUACCUCAUUCAUGUCGCCCAGGCCCCCCAGGGGCAGCGCGGGGCUGGGCGGCAGCCCGCGCGUCCCAGGGAACCCCUUCUCCCCUUCCACCCCUGGCCUGCACUCUCCGGCAGGGGCCUUAGGAGGUGGAGGUGGUGGUGGAAGCGGUGGAAUCCUCAGCAGGCAGCACUCAGGUGGGGACGGUGGAGCAGGGACCCCCCUGGGUUUCUCUCUGCCCUCCCCUCUACCUCAGAGGAAGGCCAGCACCCCCACCAGCUCCCCAACGCGCCCUCCCCCCGCCAAGCCCCCUGAGGGAAAAGGAGGUGGUGGGGGAGGAGAGUACCUGGGGAGUAACCCCAAACUCAACCAGCUCCUGGACAAUGGCAGAGUGGGGCCGCCUGGGGACCCCAACAACACCGCUCCUAACAUGCACCCCAACACCCCCACCUCCACCCCUCAGUGCCCGGCCUCCCACAGCACGCUGACGGAGCGCCACAAGAUCCUCCACCGCCUCCUGCAGGACAGCAGCCCGGCCGAGGGCGGCAACAACAAGGAGUCUGAGAUCAAGAAGGAGCCUCCUGCUAGCCCUGCCACCGCCAACCCCAACGGACCCCCCACCACCCCCCAGGACCACCAGCUGCUGCGCUUCCUGCUGGACACGGAUGAGAAGGACUUGAGAGACCUGCCCCCUCCGGCCGCUCUCAGCCUGCAGACGGUCCGGGUCAAGACUGAGAAGAGGGCCACCGGGGACACUACGCCCUGUGCUGCAGCCUGCGCCAGCCCCAAACCCGGCCCUGCCCAGAGACACGGACCGCCCAGAGACACGUUCCCCAGUGGACCUGCUGACCUGGACCCUCUCAGCCAGCUGCUGCCCACCCUCAGGGACCCCGUUGGGGCCAAGCAGGGCAGCAAGGAGAAGGUUGACCCUCAGGCCCUGUCGUCCCAUAGCCCCCAGACCCAACCUCAACCUCGGCUCCAGUCACCUCCACAGCCUCGGCUUCAGUCCCCCUCCCAACCUCAACCCCAACUUCAGUCCCCUACUCAGGUCCAGCCUCAGAACCAUCUUCAGUCUCCUCUCCAGUCCCCUACCCAUCUCCAACCCCAGAACCAGCUUCAAUCCCCUUUCCAGUCCCCUACCCAUCUCCAACCCCAGAACCAGCUUCAAUCCCCUACCCUACUCCAGCCCAGCGAGGCCAACGUACCCAGAGCCAUGAAUGUGAAGAGGGAGCCUCCCGGAACACCAAGCCGAGGGCUCACGGAAGGCUCCUCCAGCCUGCAGAACCAGUCACACUUUGACUUCUGCAGCCCCACCACCCCCAGCCAGGGACAGGGACAAGGGGAGCCAUUCCAGACACCGAAAGACAGCAGCAGCCCCUACACAGAGCCUGGACUCAUGAACUCGUUCAACUCCAACACCGGGUUGUCUAAGAUGGAGACGGACUCUCAGCAGUUCCGGCCCCUCGCCCUGACUGACUCUCUGUCCUUUGAUGGAGGCAUGGGAAACCCCGUGCAAGCCUCUCUGGCCUCCCCUCAGGAGCAGUGUGUCCCGUGCCCGCUGGACCAGCUGCUGUGCCCCCCCACCACCCCAGAGGGUCGUAACGAUGAGAAGGCCCUCCUGGACCAGCUGGUGUCCUUCCUGAGUGGGACGGAUGAGAGCGAGCUGGCAGAGCUGGACCGAGCCCUGGGCAUCGACAAGCUGGUACAGGGCGGCUGCUUUGACCCCACCCCUCAACGGUUUCCCUCCCAGCCCCCUGCCGCCACUCCCAUCUCCAUGGACCCAAAGCUGCCUGGCUACCCCUCUCAGUUCAGCACUGGCGCCCCUGCCCAGUUCCCUCGAGAGAUGGGGCAGGGUAUGGGGGUCUUUGGGGUACCCAGGGGAGCCUUCCCCGGGGGCAUGGGCAGAGCGCCUGGUGUUGCCAACCAGCUCCGACUGCCACCCAACCAGCUGAGGUUACAGCUGCAACAGAGGCUGCAGGGCCCACAGCAGCUGCAGAACAGGCUGGCUGCCAUGAGCCAGUUCCCAGGGGGAGCUCACGUUGCCAUGGGGAUGCGUCAGGGAGUGCAGCAGCCUCAUAUACCCUCUCAGCCUCCUCUAAACGCCCAGAUGCUGGCCCAGAGGCAGCGGGAGCUCUACAGCUUCCAGCACCGCCAGAGGCAGCUCCUGCAGCAGAAGGUCAUGUUGAUGAGGCAAGGCAUGGGGACCGGGGGGCCUAUUGGGGCCACCAGGGGACUAAAAGGACCCCAGCCACAGCAACAACAGUUUAGCUACCCUCCAGGCUACAGCCCCAUGUCAGGAAACGCACCCAGCUCUCCCAGCCUCUUCAAUCCCAUGGGAGGGCCCUUGGACCCCAAGCUGUCGGGCCUGGGCCCCAUGGGCAGCCAUUCAGCCAUGAUGGGUGGGAUGCAGGGACAGUUUGGGGGGGGGGUGAACUCGGCGGUCCAGCCUGGACUCUUCCAGCAGUUUGGAGGACCGGGUAUGGUCCAGCAAGGAGACCCGUCGUUCCCUCUAGAGCUCAGCCCCACCAGCCCCUUGCUGUCCCCUCAGAACUCCACCUCCCAGAGUCCUCUGCUCCAGCAGGCCCAGCCUCCUCCUGGGUACCAGUCACCUGACAUGAAGAGUUGGCAGCAAGCUGGCAUGGGCGGCAACAGCUUAUUCAGCCAGACUGGUCAGACGACGCCCCAAGCCUUUGGGCAACAGGGGGUCUACAACAACAUGAGUAUCACCGUGUCAAUGGCAGGAGGCUCAGGGGGUGUGGGCUCACUACCUCCCAUGGGACCACCCGUUGGCCUGGACAACAGUAACCUUGGCAACUCCAUGUGUAACGAUCAGGUACAGCAGGUUCAAGUGUUUGCCGACGUCCAGUGUACGGUGAACCUGGUGGGCAGCGACUCCUACCUAAACCAGCCGGGGUCCAUAGGCCCCCAGAAAGGACCCCAGGGUCCUCAGAGCAGCCAGUCCCAGCAGAAGAGCCUCCUCCAGCAGCUCCUCACAGAGUGACUCCUCAGCUCAGCUGCCUGCCAGCGGAAAGGUUCUCCAUAGACCACCACAACCUCUUUUCUUUUUCACCUUUGGUUUUAGACAGCUACCUGCUGGACUGGUUAGGAAGGCCCUGGGAGGGAGACUGAGGUCCAGGUAACAACGUGUCUGUCUAUCUACCCGACAGCCUCAGCCCGUACCGUAAGACCACAACGGUCGUUCAGCACUCAUUCCUGGUUACAUACUUUCAACACAAAGUCUGCUUCCUGUUCUGAGAAAGGAAUCAGGUUCCGGUUUUGCCAAGUCGUCGCGGUCGUCAAAACAUGUCCCGGUUCCUUAUUGGCCCGUUCCAUCAGGCCGUCGCAGCAGUACGUUUUGGGAGUGCAAGCAGCGUGCAGCUGAGCUCAGCUUUGGGUGGUUAACCCGUCGUCUCGCCUUUUUGCCUCGUGCGUGGCAGGUGGGGCGAUGUUGUGGGGACAACGUUUUAAGAAUGUUAGGUUUUUAACCUCUGCAAUGGUAAGCUCAGUUUCAGCUGGAUCUGUGACUGACUGGCUCUCUCCACUGCAGUGCCUGAUGGGAGGAAGUUCCCAGCUCUCAUUUUUGUUUUUCUGUUCUCGUCAUCUGCGUCGUCAGGACAACAAACAUCACGGCCAGGAUGGGAUGGGAGACUGCUCUGCUCUGUUCAGUUGGCAACACUGUCUUUCCUGGGAGGGCAUUUUCAAACUACCUGACUGUCAAACUAACUGUCUGUCCUACACAUUUUUCUCCCCAGCAUCUGUGAAUACGAGCCACAAUGGGCUCUCUUUGGCCUAUCAGUGUUGUUUUUCCAUGUAGAAACGCGCAGCUGGGUAGUAUUGUCCAGCAAAGAUGAGAUUAAUUCACACUAUCUACUUUCCUUUCUAAAGCGUAAUUGAAUUACUCUAAAAAGCAACUGUCAUUUUGAGCUCAAACUAUACAUUGCGAUUCAUUGCAGGUUCCCCCCCCCCCCUUUUAAAAGAAUUGCUGAGUCUAAGAUGUCAGUUGUGUUUUAAGGCGACAUUUGGCAUUAUGAAAAUGUAACACUGCUAAAUGUUGUUGUGGUGGGGAAACUGUCUCUAUUCUGUAAUGUGAAAAAAGAAAAUCUUGGUAUAAGAAUUUUUGCGAUUGAUUUAGAAAUGGCUAACUCUGCUCUUUUGGCAUCCCAUUGAAUGUUUCAAUAUCCUUAAAUUAACCUCAAAACAUACAGGAGUGGAUUAUCAAUAUCACACAAUGCCAUGAAUAUGUCGUAGCUAGUAACCGUAGAAUUUCCUCACAAAGAAGUGAUGGAUGUUGAAUGGGGUGUUGUCUUGGAAACACAGCUCUCUCUAUCUCUCUCCUCCGACUCUGCCCGUGAUGAUGUCACUCCACUGGCCGCACACUACAGCUCUUUUUGACUGCUCUUGUGACCUACUGUUGCCCAGUCAGACACUGUCUAUCAGCGCUAACCUCUGUUGAUAUUUACUAUACACAUUCAUUCACAUAAAGUCCUGCCAACAAACACAAUGUUUUUAUAGGGGUAAACAAGAACCCAUUAACAAGCAAUAACCAUAAUUGAAGAGACAAAAUAAAUGUUUUGCGACAUUGUAAUGAUAAUGAUGAAAAAUCAAGUCUACUUUGGCUUCUCUGCUCUAUCCCGGGUACCUGUAUUUCUGAUUAACAAGGCUUUCUAAAGGAGAACUGUUAUUAUCCAACCAGAUGUCUCACUGCUGUGUAUAUACAAGGUAUUUCACAAGGUGUGCAACAUUACCCGAGCACAGCUAAUAACUGAGGAGGGUUAGGGAUGAUCAGUUGAAAUAGCAUGUAUGAUCACCAUCCUCCUCCGGAGACCUCAAACUGAACACCAACUCAAACUGAACGCCAACUCAAACUGAACACCAACUCAAACUGAACGCCAACUCAAACUGAACACCAACUCAAACUGAACGCCAAUGUUCUAUGAUUUGUGAAUCACUUUAUGUACAGUUUCAGUGGCGUCUGUGUGCGUGUGCUUUAUACUGUACCCAAACAGUGGCUCAGGCGUCCUCACCAUACCACUCAAAUUCAACCUGGAAAUGGGAUCAUUUCGUGUGAUGUCGAUUACAGUUGACAUGAAAAGCUGGUAGCAAUGUCCAAUUUGAAUACUUUUACAGAAAAAAACAUUUGUGAAACAGAUAAACCUUGAUUUUACAUACCAAUUGUUCCUGUGUAUUUUAAGACACUUAAAAUGUUGCUUCGCUUUUACUCUAUUGCAUAAAUAAUGAAAUGAGGUAUUUCAAUUUCAUUCUCUUCUGAUAAUGUUACAUUUUCUUUUCUAUUUGAAUGGGCCGUGGGUUAACAGUUAGUAUUUAUCAAGGUUAAAGCCAUUCCUCAGCCACUGUUUGGUUUAUGUAAAUAAACAUACACUUUACAAGACACACGGAAGAAACACAAAUGAAUAACAGAAUGUUUGCGGAAGGAUUUAAUUUGUUUCCGGUAUACGUGUACUAUAUGGGGUACCAGCUAAAGGUUUCACACUCACAGAAGUAUUACAAAGGAUAACGUGUUUGUUUGUUUUCAUCUUCUUCACAUUCUCUCCAGCCUUUGCUCCUCAUUGAGGAACAGGCAUUUCUGUAUGAACAGUGGUAAUAGAACCGCAUCAAAUGUGGAAGUUAAUCCGAUCUGUUAAUAUCAACUGUUUAGCAUUUGGGAUAUAAUAUGCCAAAUUCAAAGCACCAUUAGACAAUGCUCAUUAACAAACAAACAUUAUUUUAAGCAAGAUCUGCUCAAUGGCAAAGACAGUCCAUUCAGUACAGGUACAAGGUAAAUAUUUGAACUGGUUCUUCAACAUGUUAACAUGUAUAUAACAGACAAUGUGAAUAUGUAUUUGUUCAGAAUCAACAAAAUGUAGUGCUCCAAGUUUGUGGUAUUAACUACUCGCUUCCAUUUUAUUUUUAUUUUUUUCAUUUUGAUGUAUAUGACUGUCUGAGUGUGUGUAUGUAUGUGAUUAAUACUGUGUAUCUGGUGUUUAAGAUGGAAACUGAUUAUGUCCUGAUUUGAUUUCUUCUACUUUUUAGAAAACUGCAAGUUUUCCUGUGGGUGUUGUUCAGAUUGCUCUUUAUGUGAGGGAAUGGUUUAGCGACUGCUGAAUGUGAUUUUACUGAGAGAGAAGCAGCAUGGAUUGGCUUUUGUACGGGUUCAUUUAAAAAGGCCAUAUUAUUUAAUUUAUCUGUUAUCAAAAAGUUUAAACAGAUUUGAGAAAGUGGAACCUUGGAUUCUGAGAAGCAUCGCUUCAGUAGUUAAGUGGGCUUUUGUAGAUUGCCUGAUGUAGUUUUUUGCAUUUUCAGAAGUAAUGACCAAAGCUUCAAGAUGUUUAAUUCAUAUCAUAUGCAAGCCUCAUGCAAUUGGAUGAGACAAAAUGUAGCGUUUGUUCAAUUUUCUAAAAUGAAAUAGUAUCAUACCUAUACAUACUAGCUCCUCUUUGACCACAUGACUAAUUUGUGGUAGUUUGUGCUUUGCCUGAUUGUCCUUUAUUCCCUUUUUGACACGUUUUGUCCUAAGAUAAUGACAAGUGACCUAGCAGCUAUAGUAUUUUUAUGUAACUUGUAUUCUUUGGAAUUUCCCAAAGUAUGAUCAGUUAGAAACUUAUUCUCCCUGUUGCCAUUGACUCCUAGCAAAGAUGCAAAAAGUAUUGCAUGGCCUGACGUGCUGUCAUUGUUUACAGGAAGAGAGAACCUUGCAACAGCUAGCUAUGCACCUUAGCGAAAAGCAUUUAUUUUACACUGAUUUAAGUAUUCAAAGCCACACUAGAAUCUGAAUCAAUUAUUUAAAUCAUGGUAUUUUCAGUCAUUAGUUAGAGAAGAAAAAAACUACCUAACUUUCCUUUUUUUAACUUAAACUAGUGUUGUUGAUAAUUGUCUGAUCUAUCAACUGAAUCUCAUUAAAAAAUAUUAAUGUAUUUAGCUGAAUACUUUAUACCAAAUUUGAGGUGCCUCUUGUAUAUAUUUUCUGCAUAGAGGACUGCUCCUCGCUGUUUGAUGAUAAUGUUAAUGAGGAUUUUCUUAUCUUUACCUUUAUAAAACAAGUUUGCUGUAUUUUACAUGACUUUUUUACUAAAUAUCUAAAUAUUCCAGGAAUUUGCAAGAAAUACAAUCUAGUUUUGCACUUUAUAUCAGAAUUAUUAAGAGGAAACAGGCCAUCAGGAAUACUGUUCAAAUCAGAUGACUAUUUCACGAUUAGGAAGAAAAAAAGGAAAUCCCCUGAAUGUAUUACAAAGUAAAAUAUUGAUUUGACUUUUCUUUAGCAAUCCUAGUCAUUUCUCAGGUUCUUAAAAACAAAGAACUUGGUUGUAUAGCCCAUCAAUAUGAUGACUAAAGAGAAGUGUACUUUCUCUACAACUAAUCUAUGUAGUUUCAGUUCUCUCUGCCACAGAUCCUCAAUCUAAACUAUGCGUAUCUUCUUCAGGUGAUCCACUGCCCCUUCCCUCGGCCAUCAGCUAACUAACGCGUGUACACUCAUACGUCUUGUCUUGCAGCAGCUUCAACUGUUAAAAACAUUCCCCCUCAGCUAUGCUCCCUGCAAUUAUUGUACUCUGCUGUAUAGUGUAGCAUCAGUUCUAUUCAUUAUGUUUCUAGGCUUAGUAAUACCUACCAAGCAGUUUACUGCUAUCCCUUUUGCAAUUCUUCACCACCUUAUCACAUACUGUCUAACACAGAAGUAACAUCCUUAGAUAAGAGUACUGCACUCUACCCUACACAGAAAUUACCUCUCAACUGUUAGAUUAUUGGAGCAACUGUUUGCUGAUGAUGUUUGUCAAGUAUUGUAAGUGCUGCCUUAUCGAGACUGAAGUUGGUUGUGGUUGGAGAACUCAAAAGCUUGUAUCUCGCCACUUAUAAGGGCAAUGAUUUCUCAUUGAAACGAGGUUCCACUUUUUCCCCUGUAAAAUGAAUAUAUAUAUAUAUUUUAUAUAUAUAUAUAUAUAUUUUACACAUUUUGUCCAGUUAUGUUUAUUAUACUUGUAUAAACUUGUUUUUAGAGAGGCAUCGGAGCAGCUGUGUAGGACAAUAUGAAUGAAGUAUCUGGAAGAAUUAUGCAUGUUUUUAUUUCUGUGUCCAGGUGGAAUACCUGGGAUAAAUCCUACCUUUUCUUAGGACAUUGUAGACAAUCAGUCUCAGGCUGGGUCCAGUACCUACAGGGGGUCCCCCCUGUAGGCUGAAAAACAAACAGUUUUUGCAUCUACUGAAAUGUCUUAUUCGUCUGUCUGUUUUUUGGGAGGUAUGUGGCUGCUCAGACUGGGAUUAGUUCAAAGUUUACACACUUCUACACAUACACCUCAUGCGUUCGAUCCCUCUUGCUUUUUCAAGGUGAAGAUGCUGACCUUGAAAGGAAAUGAUGCUUUGACUAACAAAUCUAUAACAUCCAUGAAUGUGAGAAUGCAACACAUCGCAAUAAAAGCACCGUGUAAAACA